CGACCGCUUAUCACACCAUUGUAUUUUUCUUCCUCUGCUUUCAAUCUCACUUGCAUGACGUCCUACACCAAUUUCUGUUUCAUGCAAUACAUCCGCUUCUCGGCCUUCUUUGGCGAAAAUGGCAGUCUUCGUGAUGGCAUCGCGGAAACGUUCUGGUUUUAUUCACAGAACCUGCCCACUGUCGCGCUUCUGCUACCUCGAGCGGGUCUCUCCCUCACUUUGCUAUUCGCAUUCACAUCUGCGUCUCCUGAUUAUGUCGCUAUGCUCGAAGCUGGUCUCAAUCUUCGCGAUGCAACUUACUUCCGUGCGUCAGACGGUACACUAACGGAUUACGCCCGUCUGUGGAUUCUGAGCUGGCCAGGGUGGGAGGAGGAUCACGAGAAGUCUAUGCCCAACCACAGCGAUGGUGCCUCUGAAACAGAUGCUCUUCUCUGGAGCUGGAGAAUUUGUACACGUCUCCGCAUCCAAGAAGCUUAUGACUUUUGCUUAACGGUGAAGCCUCCUGCACGGUGGUCUGGUACUGCAAAGAAGGAAGACCCGGGACUGCUAGGGGUGGAAACUUCCCCACCGUUUGAGGUCGAGCAGGUGCUCGCGGCUGUUGGUUUCCCUUCGGCGCCACCGCCAGCAAGACGCGGGAGGAAUCUGGGGAGGCGCCAGCGCCCCCCACCGGAACUGUCUGAGAUCAUCCCGAAGGUUGUGAAGAGAUCAUCGAAGGACAAGGAGAUGACUGGUCCUUCAGCACCCCUGCUGAAACUUCCGUAUCCAUUCGCUGCGUAUAGCGCUCAAGUGUCAUCCAAGGAUCAAAUCCCUUUCCCGCCUUCCCCUGGUUCCAGGAAGGAGAAACGUAGGUCGCCAAUCACCAGCGGCUCUGAACAUCCAGGACAAGACGAUGAAGAGGAUGAAGAUACUGACGACGACGACGACGACGACGAAGAGGCAGGGGAGGUCGAGAUCGAAGUCGAGGAGAACAGCGAAGCUCAGCCACGCACCUCAGGUUCGAUGUCCAGUCUUGGGCAGCCUGUAAUGUCUCGUUAUCCAUUCCAACUUCGCCGUCCUGCCCGCGGAGGCUCUGUAUCUUCGGCUCCCGGUACACACUCGACUCCUAGGACCCAUGCAUCUACGAAUACCCGCUCAACGGAGUCGAGAGCGUCACAUUCUACACAAUCUACCGGCAAUCGGGAUACUUCAUCUGAGUCUCCCAACUCCCAUGAGGGCAUGUCCAGUCCUGGCUCCGGAUAUGGUAGCCCAAUACCUAUGCCGCCUCGUCACCCCCAACCAGGUCGUGGUCGCGCUCUGUUGUCCUCAUCUCCCUCUCCGAUUGUGUACACUGGUCGUGGUGCUUCUACCAGAAUCCGGGUCGACAGCGGCCAGACAGAGACCUUCAGCGGUGGUGGUUAUGAAUCAUUCCUUAGCGAAGAGGUUGACGAUGAGGCAGGGGUGGAAGGGGAGGAGGAAGAUGAAGAUGAAGAUAAUGAAGAUGAUGACGAAGAGCCGCAGAUGAUGGAACAGCCUGUGCCCGAAGGUCCCCAUGAAGCUGCAGAAGGCGAGGAUAGCGUUGGUCUCCUCAGUGUUGGUCCUCGCAGCCCGAAAUCUUCGAUGGUCAGCAGCCGUCGCCAUUCUGGACGUUCACAAUCUGGGCGCUCACGAUCUGAUUCUCGUUCUGGCUCUCUGUCGGGUUCGUCGAGAUCCCGUGCUGGUUCAGCCGUCCGUUCGCGGGCGCAGUCACUCAUACAGAGCAUCGGAGCCGCCUCGCGAUCGUCGCUGGACCUUGUCCAGACCAUGCGCUCUCGUGCAAAUUCGUCUAUGGCUCGUCUUGAGGAGGACAUGGUGUCCUCAUCCGACUCUCGCUCACGUAGUGGGUCAGAGGGAGUGCACAGUAGCAACGAGAAUUAUACCUUUGGAGUCAGGCCACAUGUAGGUCAAAGCUCCGGGUCCCGUCUGAGAGAGGCUCCCUCGAACCCUUCCUUCUUUGCCCCCUCUAUUUCUGCACCUUCGGAAGCCACUACCUCUCAUCUCACUGCUCGUCCUACCUCCUGCGAGCCAGGCUCCUCUGUCUCCGGUGAACCUGUUCCAGCAAGCUGGCAAGAAGCGUCGCACAUGUUUGACAGACCAGGUACUGAGUGGAGACCUGCAUGAACACUGCCUGAUUUUCUCUGAUUUUUUGCAUGCUACUUAUUUGACAUCAUCUAUUCACAUCCUUCUCACAUCAUGACCCGCAACUUCACAUUCUUCAUCUCAUAAUUCAACACUGGAGUUACAUUUCAUUCACACUUAUUCCCGCGCGAGACCGUUUAAUUCUACUGCCGUUGGUACUGCUGUUGUAUCUAGCUCACAUCCAAGUGUCACCCUCAUGAAUUUGAACUCUUGCAUCCUAAAGCCUGCCAUAACUAUUCCACGUCGCACAGAGAUAUAUUCUGCACUCG